AUGGACAAUAGGUUGCAGAACUUGGGUUUUGCUGCUAAUUUUUCUUCAAAUGCCUUCAAUAUUGUGGGCAACUCAAUGCAAGUUGGGGGAGCUGGAAUUGAGUCUUGUGCAGAUACUAUCUUACGGCUCAAUUCCCCUGGUUCUACAAUGGCUUACAUGUCAGGCUCUCAAGGAAUCAAACGGAAGUGGAGUUCGAUUGGAGGAUCUUUGACCGAGCAUGUUAGCUCUUCACUGUCUCUUGGGCUUGGCCGUUCAACAAGUUCCUCAGACAGCAAGGGGAGCUCAGCUACUGCUUGCACUACAAUGUCCUCAGCCAAAGAAACAGAUGAGGAGUCCUCGAUGGAUUUUGAAUUGGACUUUGCAUUACAUCUUGGAAAUGAAAAGGUACCCAGCCCGAAGAAACCUGCUAAUUCAAAGCUAUGCGCACUGGAACUGCAGCCCAAGGUUGACUUGGAGUUAAGUCUCUCAACUGGGCUGUCUGAAUCUGAAAUCACUUGUGUCAAUCCAAGUUUCACUUCGGCUCUUUCAGGCAUGGAGAUGGCAUUGGUGGCUGGUGGGGCCCAAAAUGCAGAUGAAGGAUCAACUCCAUUCCAUUGGAAGCGAGGGAUUGCCAUACAACCAUUGCAGACUUCAUUCAACCCAGGGGCGAGCUUCCUUUUCAAACAGGUUCCACAAAAGAUUGAUUCUCCUGCUAUUGUUCCGGAGCUCUCAUCAAGCAUAUUAACCACACCAAAUAGCUCAGUCAGCUGCAGUUCUGGGAUGACACAGAAGCAACAGUCACAGCAUCGCAGCUCAAAUUCAAAGACGUGCCAGGUUGAGGGAUGUGGAAAGGGUGCCAGAGGUGCUUCUGGCCGCUGCAUAUCUCAUGGUGGUGGUAGGAGGUGUCAGAGAUCUGGCUGCCAUAAGGGUGCUGAGGGCCGAACAGUGUACUGCAAGGCCCACGGUGGUGGUCGGCGAUGUGAAUUCCUUGGGUGUACAAAAAGCGCAGAAGGACGCACUGAUUUUUGUAUUGCCCAUGGUGGUGGUCGGAGGUGUAGUCAUGAAGGUUGCACUCGAGCUGCCAGAGGGAAAUCAGGAUUGUGUAUCAGGCAUGGUGGUGGCAAGAGAUGUCAAAGGGAAAAUUGCACAAAGAGUGCAGAAGGCCUCUCAGGCCUUUGCAUCUCACAUGGUGGUGGCCGUCGAUGCCAAGCUAUAGGAUGCACAAAAGGGGCGCAAGGGAGCACGAUGUUCUGUAAGGCUCAUGGUGGGGGGAAGCGAUGCACUGCUCUAGGUUGCACCAAGGGAGCUGAAGGGAGCACGCCCUAUUGCAAAGGCCAUGGUGGGGGGAAAAGGUGUGCAUACCAAGGUGGUGGGCAUUGUACAAAGAGUGUGCAUGGUGGUACCAACUUCUGUGUGGCACAUGGGGGUGGCAAGCGAUGUGCCAUGCCUGAGUGCACAAAGAGUGCAAGGGGACGAACUGACUACUGUGUCCGACAUGGCGGGGGAAAGAGAUGCAAGUCUGAAGGAUGCGGUAAGAGUGCACAAGGCAGCACUGACUUCUGUAAGGCACAUGGUGGAGGAAAGAGAUGCUCAUGGGGACAUCCUGGAUCAGUUUUUGGUGGCCAAGCUAUUGGUCCUUGUAACUCAUUUGCAAGGGGGAAGACAGGCCUCUGUGCACUCCAUAGUGGUCUGGUUCAGGAUAAGAGGGUUCAUGGAGGUAUUACUUUGGGACCUAUGGUCCAAGACCCUAAACUUGGGAAGUCGGACAAGAAGAAAGAAGUAGCCACUGCAGAUGACAUGAAUGUUGAUGUGAUGAAUAUUGGGAGCAGCAUAAGGACUUCAGCAACCGGAACUUGUUCUGAUAUGAAACAAGCUGGUCAAUCUUCAGCCCCAGUCCUCAUUCCAGAAGGCAGGGUGCAUGGGGGAAGUCUGAUGGCUCUGCUGGCAGGCGGUUCAGACUCCAAUGCAAACAGCAGGGGGAGUAAUUCAUCUGGGCCAAAGAAAUCCUACGUGAUGCCUCAGAACUGGAUGUGA